AUGGCUUCCUCCAGGCUCAUUCCCAAGUGGAAUGACUUUUUUAGGCUUGCAAAUGACAUCAUUCAAAAAAGCAAGAAACCCACAGAGGAUGAACAGAGUGACGUAAUUGUGCUGACUGACCGAUCCCAAAUACUAUUCAAAGAAUCUCGCUUUCCUCUUCCUAUGCCGACUAUAUGCUAUUACUUCAUUGAAGCCCAUUUCUUUGCCUCUCUCUCCUGGGUGUCAUCCUACAUAAAAGAAACACUGGCUGUAGUGUGGGUGAAGAACAGAACUGACGACAUGGUUGAAAAGCGAACAUUCCCGAUGUCUGAGCGACUACGGCCUAUCCAGACAAUGGCGCACACAGGCUCCUUUCAUUUCAUCGUGGUCUACUGUGGCGACAUGAUCUUGAGGCUCUUUGGCGACCAUUUUAGGGCAUUCAAAUCCAUGUGUACUGUGCCUUGCCGCUUUGAUAUCAGCUGUCUCUGCUUCGAUCCAGAAACAAAGAUGCUUAUGUCUGGCAUCCUGGGGGGAGUGGUCACCUGGACCAUUGAACCAACUGGCAAGGGUCUCCACAUGAUGCAAAUAUCUCCCAUCUCUGGCGACGAGAUGGUCCAAAACAUCACCCUGAAUGGCCCCAAUGGCUGCCUCGUGGCCCUGUGUGAAAAUACGGUGAGAGUCCUUGAACGCCAGGGUCAGGGUUACCUGGGAGAGGCACAGAGGUUUGUAGCCACUAACUGCAGCUCUCCCAUCAGCUGCUGCUUCACUAGCUUUGAGGAGAGUCUUCUCUAUGCAGGGAACAAGGCUGGGGAGGUCUACGUAUGGACCCUCCUUCAAAGCCAGAGCCCAUCUCUCCACAGCUUCAGAGCCCAUCCCACGUUAGUGGUAUGUAUACAGAGCCGGUUAGAGGCCCACACUCUGCUGACGGCUGGCAAGGAAGGCAUAAUCAAGGAGUGGAACCUCACUUCAGGGAACCUGCUCCGGCACCUGGAACUUGGUGAGGAGCUCUAUGGCCUCCAGUUUAUCGACAACACAACUUUCUUCUGCCAGACAACGCAUCAUUUUUCCUUGCGCCGUCUGCCCAGCUUCUACAGCCUCUUCAAUAUCUGUGGUUCCAUUCCCCAUCACUUACGUCGAGUCCGCUGUAGGGAGAACUGCUUCCGGAUCCUGUGUGCCACUGAGGAUGGCCUGUUGCGCUUUGUGUCUCCUGUAACAGGGGAUCUUCUGCUUAUCACUUGGCCUUUCUCAAUCCUCGACCAUGCUGUGGACUGGGCCUAUGAUCCAAUUAAAGAGGAACUUUUCGUAGCGACGGGCACCUCAGAGGUGCUAGUGUUUGACACGAGCCGCAACCCUUGCCCGGUCAAGUAUCUCCUGUGCACUUCACCGGAUGAUCAGGACUUCGUUCAGUGCCUGGCUUAUGGGAAUUUCCAUCUGGGGCGGGGGCUGGAAGGACUGAUAUUCUCUGGGCAUCAGAGCGGCUCAGUAAGAGUGCUGUCCCAGCACAGCUGUGCCAGAAUUGAGAAAAUUCUUCACUUUGGGGCAGUACUGGCUCUGUCAGUACUUUAUGGGGGUCUUCUGACUACCCGAGAAAACUCUCUGCUCUGUUCCUACGGGGUAGAUGAGUACAUACAAUUGUCAGAAGCUGUGUUGACCGGGACCCGAUUACAACUUAGGGCUCUGGCUUGCAUUCUCAGCAGCUGCCCACUAAAACACCUUGUCCUCCUACCAAAGGCUGUAGGUGCCAUUACGGAUACCAACUGCCUACGGCUCUGGAAGUUCCAUGAUUUUAUGUCCUUUGGGUCGAAGCAAGGCACCAAAUUCAUAGAGACGUUGCCUCUGCACCAGUGUCCCAUCACCUCCUUUGAUAUCUGCUUGGCCUUGAAUAUUUUUGUCACAGGCGGUUCUGACGGCACCGUCCGCAUCUGGGAUUUUCAGGGUAGACUCAUAGCCAUGCUGGACUCGUCUCUGCACUUUGGCCCACUCUGCUUUGCCAAUGACCGGGCCGACCUGCUUGUGACUUUCAACCAGAGUAUUUAUCUGGUGUCCUGCUUACAGCUGUUCCCCCCAUCCAUACUCUCUCGCCUCGCCCUUCUGACCAUAACAGAUGACCUGGUAGAAAUCCCGAAACCUUUUAUGCCAAGCUUCUUCUUUUCUUUUGAGACCUUAUUUGUACCUAAGUAUAGCUACCAAGGUCAACGGAGACAGGACCUAGAAGGCCUAGUAAACCUUCCCAAUAAGCGGGCUAUUGCCUUUGACCACAAUGUGCCACAUGUCAUAGAAGAAGAAGAAGACGGCAGCACUGUGUUACUGACCUCUUCCCACUAUGUUCCUUCGGAGGGACAUGAGUUGCUGCGUGGGUUUGACAAGAAACCCCAAAUCACAACUCACUAUGUGAUUCCUGCCCAGUUGCAGCUGACUGCCUGGGACGGACUGAACCCCUAUCAGAUACUGCGAUGCUACUUCGGACAUGAGAGGAAAUGGCUUAUUGCUCCAGAUUGCUACAUCCCUAACUCAGUGAUCCGUGCCCGUCUUUGGCCGGAGGGCAGUCCAAUAUUCCUCAAGUGCAGCCUGCACGCACCCCAGCGGGAUCUGGAAUGGGAGAAGGGUCAGCCAUUCUUCUUCUGGCAAAGCAGGAUGAGAGCGAUGAGUGAAGGAGGCGAAGCGCCACAGAAAGAGGAUGACGAUUUCUUAGAGGUGAGACUAACCAAGGACAUCACUUACAGUGUCCUCACAGAUAAAACAAACCGCAGCUGGCUGGGGAAGAAAAUGAGCGACGUGGCCAUUAGUAGCCUGAUCGAGGCAAUCCUCAACAUUAUGGUCCGUGCUAACCCGCUGAAGUACCAGUGCUGUAUUGGUGCACUGGGGCAGAUCUUCGCCUCGUACCAGGUGACUCCAGCUCUGCGCUCAGAGACAGCACACCGUCUGCUGGAUGACACGACCCAUCCCAACCCACUCAUCCGAGAACUAUCCUGGGAGGGGCUGAAGCGCCUAGGCAUGAUCACUCAUCUCUUUGCCUUGCCUCUGGCUCAGGGAUUGAUGGACAAGGACCAAAGAGUGAGGAGCAAGGCCAUGACCAUAAUGCCCGAUACUGGAAUCCAUUCAAAGAGCUCACUGUUAACCCUGAUCCAGAAACCAGGCAUUUUCCAGGAGUUGCAGCAAGAGAUGAUUGGGGAGGAGUCGCUGGACCAUCUUCUGGGUCUACGGCCCACAGACAUUCAAACCCUCAUUACUCAAAUAGAGCUGCGAUUAAAUGAUAACCUGUCAAUGUCUAAAAGAGAAAAGGUUGAUUUCUCUUUGGAAAUCCCGGGGUCUUCUGCACCUAGUCAGGCUAUCUCUUUGCUCCUACUUCCCCCAGCUCCUGAAGAACACAUUUCCGUGGCCAUGAGACUAAGGAAAAGGCUUCACCCAAGAAUCACAGACAAAAAGACAAGAAAGCUCGCAAACUCCGAAAGGCCAGGAAGAAGAAGAAACGAAGUCGAAGCCAUAGCUGUAGCUGAGCCAGAGGAACUCUUGCCUCCUGUAUGGGUGGCUGAUCUAAGCUCUGAGCUAGUGGCUACUGCUACUGAGAUCCUGGCAGGUAAGUAUCCAAGCUGGGAACUUUUUGAAGAAAUAUGCCCCUUACUGGAGGAAGAAGAGGAAGAAUACAAGAGGCAGUUGAAAGAAGGGCUGUCUUGGAUAGAGUGGAAGAAGUCUUGGGAUGAAUGGCAGAAAGCCCAGACUCAGAGGGUAGUUGCUUGGGAAGACUGGAAGAAAGAAUGUGAUAAGAAGUAUUACGAAGAAGAGGAGAGACUUCUGGCCAAAGGAAAGCUGCCGCCAAGAAGAGAGAGAAAACAGAUCCGAGCAGCACAGAGACAGGCUAGGGAGAAGAAGUUGCUCGCAAGCGAAGAGGAGAAACUUGCACAGGAAGAGAAAAGGCUAGCCCAGGAGGAGAGAAAACUGGCCCAAGAAUAUGUGAAAAAGGCUACCAAGGGUGGAAAACUGGCCCACAUAGAGAUGACCCUUGGUGAGAAAGAGAAACUUUCUGGCCAACAAGAGGAAAUUCUAAGCCAAGAAGCAGAGCUACUGGCCCAGAAAAAAAGGAAACUGGCCAGAAAGCUGGAGAAAAUGGCUCAUGAAGAAGAAAAAAUCGCAAAAAAAAAUAGAUAAAGUGGGAGAAGUGAAAGCAGUCUUGGCCCAGAAAAAUAGAAACCAUGCUGGAAAAGGAAAAGGAAUCUGGUCCUGGAGGAAAAGGAGCUAAAAGAGGAAGCCAAGAGCCUGGAAUGGGAGCGAAGGGAGCUAGCUCUGAAAGAAGACGAAUUGUACGAGGAUGUGGAAAAACUGGCGGAGAAAAUGAGGCCUCUGGCUAAGGAGGAGGAGAGGCUGGCCUUGGAUGAGCAGAACCUGUCCCUGGAGGAGGAGAUACUGGCCCAGGAGGAAGAGCAGCAGAUGGAGGAAGAGAAAAGACUGGCUUGGAAGAAAGACACAACGCCUGAAGAGCUAAAGAGCCUGCAAGAGAGGAGGGAGAAACUGAGGGAGAAGAAACAGAAACUAGCCAGGAGAGGGAGAGAAAAGUACAUAGCUGGUCUCUGGAAAAAAGAAAGGCUGGCCCAAAGAGAAAAGGCUUUUCGUGAUAAGGAAAAAAAGCUCCUGAAGUGGGAAAGUGAGCAAUUAAAGGACAUAAAAAGCAAACUGGAGACAUAUAGAGAGAAGCUGAUUACAUUAAGUAAGAAGCUGAAGGAGGAGAAGGGGCCUUUGUGGAGAAGAAAGAGAAGCUAGGUUGACACAGAGAAGAAAAUAGAGCAGGCAGACAAGCUUCUGACAGAGAGGCAAGGGAAGUUGUCUGCGGAAAAAAGAGUGUCACUGGAGGAGAAGAUUCUAGCAUACGAAGAUAGACUGUUGGCCACAGAGGAAAAGGAUGCUGCCAGAGAGGAGCUGGAGCUUAUCAGAGAACAGAGGAAACAGGCCCACGAAGAAAAGAAAUUAGCCAAAGCCACAAGGAAACUGGAUAGAGAGAAGAGUGUUUCCAAGGAGCCUGCCAGAAACUAGAAAAUCCUUAAAGGCGCUUCAAAAUCUAGUCAACAAAGCAAGAAACUGACACAGAAAGAAACAAAGAUGACAAAGAUAAAUCUGUCACUGUUAAUUAAGGAGAGAAGGUUAAGUGAAGAGGAGGCGAGACUUGAUGCAAAGGAGUUGGAUGCUGGAGAAGAGCAACCAGAGAUAAUCAUGGAGGAGAGGAAGCUAGCUAAGAGGCAAAGACGUCUGGCUAGGCAAAUGAGAAGGCUGAGAACCCAAGAACAGAGAAUAAUGCUGAGGAAAGAAGGGGAAUUUGACUGGGAGCCAAAAGGGGAAGAGAAAGGGGAAGAGAAAGGGGAAGAGAAGGGGAAGAGGAGAUAGAAAAAAGAAGAGAAAAAAAUGGAAAGCAAGGAACCAGAAGCAGAACAGAUAUUCAGGGAGGAGGCGGUCGUAGUGUCCAGGAUACCCACAAUGACACCCAUGAUAUCCUUGAGGACAAUGGUGAUGGAUAAAGAGCGGGAGCUGAUGGAGAAAUAUAAACUAGAACCUCUCCGCCUUCUGGAGGUGAUCUCGGAGUAUGAAACAGCAGGCAUGAUCACACCAUUCACAUCUCGGAUGGUUAGAAGGGCCAUGGAAGCUCACAGACUCCAUCUCAAAACGAAGUGGUUUCUGAAGCAUCAUCCUUCUCUGGCAGGACAAACAAUGGGGCAGCUUCGUCUCCCCGAGAUCUUUGCUGAGGAACGAUACUUAGAGAUAGGGGUAUCAGACAUAGAGUGGCUGCAUGGUGUCCUGAAACAGAUGGAGGCAGGAGAAGAACUUUCUAGAUACAGUUUUCACAGACUGUGUCAACUACUCAAAGACCUCACCGAAACAGGAGACCUGCAGUGGCUGCACCUGGCAGUACUUGAAGCCAUUGUGCACCGUCAUAAGCAGAUCGUGGAUUCAAGAUCUUUAAAACCUAGUAGAGAACCUAUGAGCCCCAAACAUCUGAAAGUGAUUCCUCCCAUAAAGGGAAGAGAACAGGAUGGCUGGCUGAAACCUUCAGCUGUCCCUGUACCAGGGUCAUUAGCUACCAAAAGUGUUACAGACCCAAAGGUUAUACACUGGCAUCUUCUAGGAGAGCCAUACAGAAGUGCCCGGCUGCAACAGUUGUCCAGUACUCUGGAUGAAAUGGAGACACGGUCUCUCGAUCCUACCACAAGAGACAUUUUGAGUGAUGCUCAUUCUUCCAUAAACAAUCAGACCCUGGCACUGAUGUUUCAAAAAGACUUUGGGGAUCUUAAAAGUAAAAGCAGGUAUCCCAAACUGCCUAAGUUGGAGAAAAAGCCUAUCUCCAAAAAAAAGGAAGAGGUACCUCCAUGGGAGACAUUUGUGGCACUCUACCAUGUUUUGCGGAUGCUACAGCAGCAGUAUGACAAAGACAAGGCUACUUGGAUGGAAAAGUUUUACCAGCUCAUGGACCUAUACCAGAUUAAGUCUCUUGGGAUCCAGAGGCUGCUGCUGGACCUGCUACUGACUGAAGAGUCCCAGUCCCAAGAGUUCCUCUCCAAAGAGACCGUGGAGGCUGAGGAGCUGAUGCCUGGGCAGCGGCUACUGUACUGCUUGGUUUGUGGUGGCUCCCACCCCCCACAAAUCCCUCUGGAGUUCCAGAAUGUCAUACCCCUCCCUGAACAGAACAAUGUGCAUACCAUUAGUUCCAAAGGCAUUACCAAGUACGGAAUCCUUGAACUUGCCUGGAAGAGCCUGCCCCAAGCUGAUAUUCACCUCAUCAGGAAAGAGUCCCAUGUCAUUGUCCCCACUCCCUAG